AUGGCAACUGGCUCUACUCACAUUGAACCUGAUAUAUCAGAUGCAGAUUCGUCAUAUCCCAGCUCAGAGGGGGCCUAUACCAAGAGCGUGACUUCGAGUGCUUUAAAUUACAGAUAUGAGAACGGCCGGAGGUAUCAUUCAUACCACGAAGGAGAAUAUGUUCUUCCCAAUGAUGAGCAAGAACAAGAGCGUCUUGAUCUGAGCCAUCAUAUUUAUCUCUUGCUAUUAGGUGGAGAAUUGUUUAAAGCGCCCAUUCAAGAACCCAGAAGAAUUCUAGACCUGGGUACGGGCACAGGUCUAUGGGCAAUGGAUUUCGCAGAUGAGCAUCCUGAAACAGAAGUUAUCGGAAUUGAUCUCAGUCCUAUCCAGCCUUCAUGGGUCCCGCCAAACUGUCGUUUUGAAGUCGAUGAUUUUGAACAGCCAUGGGCGUACGGUCAGCCAUUCGACUAUAUCCAUGGACGCGAACUCGAAGGAUCAAUUCGUGAUCACGACAACCUCUUCCAGCAAACAUUUGACAACUUGAGCCCGGGUGGGUGGUUUGAAAUGGCGACCAUUGCUGUCGAUACCAAUUCAGACGACGGCACACACCUGAAAGCGACGUAUUUACUUGAAAGCGUGAAGAACAUGCAUGCGGCAUCAAAAAGCUUCGGGAAAGACAUGACAUCCGUAUGUACGUGGAAAGAGCGAUAUGAAAAAAUCGGAUUCGUCAACAUAAAAGAGGAUAUUGUCAAGCUCCCCCAAAGUCCGUGGGCUAAAGAUCCCAAAUUGAAAGAGCUCGGGCGAUAUCAUCAGCUCAAUAUGCUCGAAGCUAUGCCCCCUUACACCUUCGCACUAUUCACCCGCCAACUUGAUUGGAAACGCGCAGAGAUAGAGGUUCUGGUUGCUGGUGUGCGGCGCGAACUGAAAGACCUAUCCAAUCAUCUUUACACAAAAGUUUAUACGGUAUACGGACAAAAGCCGUCAUGA